AUUAGCCUGGGCCCACUACACGAUUUCUCAAUUGGUGCGCCUUGUAAUAACACUAACAUAAUUAUUUGUCCGACGAAUAAAAGAAAUAAUCAGUCACAAAGGUUUCUUCUUAGUGGAAGCCAACGAUUUGCAGCAGCCGAGGAGAGAUCAUUUGGGACAAAAGUGACAAUAACCAAAACCUAUUCAAUGGCAAAACCGGAAAACGAAGAAAACAACCAAACAUGGACCACAUGGGAGGAGCUCCUCCUCGCCUGCGCCGUUCGCCGUCACGGCGUCGACUCGUGGGACUCCGUCGCCGCCGAAAUCAACAAACAAAACUCUUCUUCUCGCACCCUCACCGCCUCCGACUGUCGCCGCAAAUACAACGAUCUCAAGCGACGAUUCUCCCCCGACGAGGGAGAAACCGUCUCCGAGAUCUCUUGGUGGCUCGAGGAGCUGAGAAAGCUCCGCGUCGAUGAGCUCCGACGCGAAGUCGAACGUUACGAUGUAUCCAUUUCGUCUCUGCAGAUGAAGGUGAAGAGAUUGGAGGAUGAGAGAGAGAAGGAGGAGGCGGAGAAGGUGACCGGAUCUUCAGAUCUGGUUAAACCCGCGGAAACCGGGGAAAACCACGACGUUCCGGUUAUCGAACCGAACCGGGAAAUCGAUGAACCAGUUAAAGAAGAGCCGAACCGGAUCGGGGGAGAUGGAACCGAGGAGAAACCGGUUAGGGAGGAUUCGGGUAGAGGAAGCUGCGAGAGCGGGGCGAAGGACUCGGAGAGAGGUGACUCAGUAGUAAGAGAGGGAAACGAGUCGCCCGAGUUCGUUGAGGCGAAAGAAACGAGUGACGUGCAGAGCUCGGCGAGCUUACCGAGAAAGGAGGAGACGGUAGGACACGACCAACCGGAUAACGAGGAUCAAUCUCUGGCCGUUAAUAGGACUGUCGUUGAAUCUGGGCCGUUGAUUGAUUUCAUCGAGAUUCUUCGCUCGCGCCCCAUCGGCUCCCACUUUUGGCGCCGGCUCGAGAGCCAGCUGCAGGAAACACCCGAGUACGAGAGAAUAAUAAGGCAGCACAUAGACUUGGACCAGAUUCGAACUCGUGUGGACGAAGGUUAUUACCAAAGCUCCAAAACCAAGUUCUUUCGAGACUUACUGCUACUAAUCAACAACGCCAAGGUUUUCUACGGCGAGCGUUCUCCCGAGUCUAAUUCCGCAGCGCAGCUUCACGAACUCAUCAAGAAACAGAUGACUACUCUCAAGACCUCUAAUCAAACCUCACCACCAAAAGAUGAAGAACCCUUGGUGACGACAUCCAAGGAGGAACUCACACUGUUGUCUCUGAAGCCAAAAGUGUCCGUGUCUGUUAAAGCUUGUCGGAAACGCAGUUCCUUGGCUGUUAGAUCUUCUACCACUGAACCGUUCAAGAAAAAGACUAAAGUAGUUCCAACAACGGAUGAGAACGAGAAGAAGCAAGUUUCAGAGGCGGAGGAGGAAGAUGAAACCACUGACAAAGAUGAUGAGGAACCUAUAGUUUCCAAGAAGAUGCCUAGAGGAAGAACAACAACCUCAUCAGCUAAAAAAGUAGGAACAAGAAACGUUAAGACCAGUUUGGAUGAUGGUGAUGUCUCUGAGCAGAAGAAAAGUGAUCAAGAGAAGAAGGGUAAGAGCACAAAAGUUGGCUCAAAAAAGCAGAGUGCUGCAAGUUUUCUUAAGAGGAUGAAAGGGGCUGAAACUGUGCCAGAGACUGUGAAGGAUGAUUCCUCUAGUGGAAAGAAAGGAGCUGAACAGAGGAGAAGUAACGCUAAGAAUGAAAAAGUUGUUGCAGGUCAGAAACGAACGCCAGCUGCAAAGAAAAACACUAGCGCAGCCUCUAAAAGAGAAGCUAGUGAAAAGGAGGAAGGUUCUUCUACUCGCCCAAAGAAGCGUACAAGGAGGUUAUGAGUCAUCAUCAUUACACGGCUUAACUAUCUUAUAUAAGUCUCAAGAAUCUACUAACAAGUUUAUAAGGCAGCAAAACAUAUGUUCAGUGACACUAAAAGAUCUGAAACAAGUUUUAUAAGAGAGUGUUCUUGUCUU